CCUGUGAAUAUAGAGAAGAAGAAGACCACAUGCCAAGGCAGCGGUUCUCAGCUGUGGAGGAAUGCAUCGUAUUUUGUUCCCAUUACCAGCCUUCCAACUCCUGGCUCUGUCUGCUGCAGCACAUCCCAUUAGCCCUCGGGCUGAGCUGACUGAUCGAUAGACCACUUAGCGGCCGUGAGCUACACAUCCCAGUCAUUUGACCUGCUGGAGCUGUGGGAAUGGGCACGCAAUCCAAUAAGCAUCGAGCCAAUGAGACAAGCGAGCCGGACCGGCAACUUGAGGAACUUCCCCCUUCUUGUUCAUCUCAGGAUGGGAGGAUACAGCACUCUGCAGAUCAGCCCUGUUUUAGCUAUCGUCACACACUCAUGACGGUGGGGAGGAGGGAGCAGUUGGAGGCCUUGGAGGAGUCUGAGUGCCAGCAGAUAAUGCAGUGAGGCCAGACAGACGAUCAUAUUGAUGACUCCUGUAGGCUGAGAAUGGUGAGAAAGUUGUGGCGCCAGGUGGACAUUAGUCUGAGAGAGAACAUUAAGCCUCUUACUUUCAUACAAACGGUCCAGCUGACCCCUAAAAAUACACAAAAAUGUGUGGCGGAUAAAACAGCAGGAACACCUUACAGUCAAAUCAACAUGAUGGGACUCAAGUAAACUCAGCAGAGGGUGAUCUGAUGAAUGACAGAAGAGAUGCCAAAGGGACUGACGUGAAAGAAAGUAAAUGAGGCAGACUUACUUCACUAAGGGCCAUGUCUGGCUUCUGCUGCGCUUUUAAUAGUUUCCUCCCCUCCUCAACUCACUUACCCAUGAAAGAAGCCAUGCCGGUUCUCACAGCAGGAGCGGGGCUACAUGAAACGUUGGCCCUGCUGACCUCUCAGCUGCGGCCCGAUGCCAAUCACAAAGAGGACAUGGUCUUCCUCAAAGAUGUCUUCAGUGAGAGGAGCUUGGGAUACCUCAUGAAGAUUCAUGAGAAGCUGAGACAGUAUGAGAGACAGAGUCCAACACCCGUCCUCCACAGUGCCUCUUCGCUGGCAGAGGAUGUGGCAGAGGAGCUGCAGAGCGGCCCAAUGAGCACUGAGGAGAAGGAGCUGCUGCACCUGCUGACAUCACCACAUCUUAAGGCCGUUCUCUCGGUGCAUGACACCGUGGCACAGAAGAACUUUGAUCCUGUGCUGCCGCCACUGCCGGAUGACUUUGAGGACGAGCUGGAGGAAGAGUCGGUGAAGAUUGUCAGGCUAGUGAAGAAUAAGGAGCCUCUGGGAGCCACCAUAAGGCGGGAUGAAGCCACUGGGGUGGUGAUGGUGGCCCGGAUCAUGAGAGGAGGUGCAGCCGACCGAAGUGGUUUGGUCCAUGUAGGAGAUGAACUCAGGGAGGUCAACGGAGUCUCUGUGAUCCACAAGAGGCCUGAUGAGAUCAGUCAGCUGUUGUCCCAGUCCCAGGGCUCCAUCACUCUAAAGAUAAUCCCUGCCAUUAAGGAGGAGGACCGACUGAAGGACAGCAAGGUGUACAUGAGAGCCUUGUUUGACUACAUCCCAUUGGAAGACAAAGCGACGCCUUGCCAAGAAGCGGGACUUCCCUUUAAGCGGGGAGACAUCCUGCAGGUUGUGACCCAAGAUGACCACACGUGGUGGCAGGCCAAGCGUGUGGGAGACAGCAACCUGCGGGCGGGACUCAUCCCAUCCAAACAGUUCCAGGAGAGGCGACUGGCCUACAGGAUGAAAAUGGGCACACUCCCGAAUCCAAAAUCCCCUAAAAAGCCUGUCUAUGACCAAGGAUGUGAUAAAGAGGACUGUGACUGUGAGGGCUAUUUCAAUGGACAGUACAUAGUCUCUCCUAAGUGUAAAGCAGUGGCGCCCUCCUGUGGCCAGGUGUUUUCCUGGGAAUUUUAUACAGCUGGUUUACGGAGGAGUUUCCGGCUGAGUCGUAAGGACAGGCAAGGAUCCUCCGGAGAGGGGUCUGAUCCUGGAGACAGCGACUUCCUGACCUAUGAAGAGGUGACCCGCUACCAGCAGAGGCCCAAUGAGAGGCCCCGUCUGGUGGUUCUGAUCGGAUCUCUCGGCGCACGCAUCAAUGAACUCAAGCAGCGGGUGAUUUCUGAGAACACACAUCGUUUUGCAGUGGCAGUACCACAUACCACCAGGCCCAAGAAGUCUCAUGAGAAGGAGGGUGUUGAGUACCACUUUGUCACCAAACAGCAAUUUGAUGCAGAUGCUUUAAACAACAAGUUUAUAGAGCACGGGGAAUAUAAGGAGAACCAGUAUGGUACAAGUAUAGAGGCUAUCCGCUCUGUACAGGCAAAGAACAAGAUGUGUGUAGUGGACGUGCAGCCUGAGGCCCUGAAGAGGCUGCGGACAGCAGAGUUCAAGCCGUAUGUAAUAUUCGUCAAACCUCGUGUUCCUGAGAGCAGACGUCGCCGCAGCGCUGCCACUUCACCAGGAGGGGGAGAGCAUGGCCGCAUUACGGACGAAGACCUCCAAGAGAUGCGUCAGUCUGCCAUUCAGAUAGACCAGCAGUAUGGACACCUGGUGGACCGGGUCCUGAUCAAGGAGGACUCAGCCAGUGCCUGUGCAGAACUGCGAGGUAUCUUGGAAAGGCUGGAGCGAGAGUCCUUCUGGGUGCCUAUCGGCUGGGUGCGGACUUAAACUUACCCAUCCUGCAGCUUCCAGAAGAACAUCACAGCCAACCCACCCAAAUCCUGCCCCAGUCAUCUCCUAAUGAGCUGAUCCCCUUCCCCCACCAAAAGGCCUGCUGGCCAGCCUGGGAGUCUGCUGGACUCCCUCUGACUGGCUGAUGCAGGGCUGGCCAGACUGAGGCACUAAAGGGAGAGGAUGAUGUCAGAGGAAUACCUUUGUUGUCUUGUUGGUGUUGCAGCAGAUCGACAGCUCUCUUGGCUCUUUCUGUCACUUCAAGUCAUAUUUAUUCAGGUUUGGUUUUUAUUUAUUUAUUGACUUCAAAGACAACAGACAGAUAAGUUUGAAGUUUAAGAAGUGUUUUAUUCCUUACAGGGUCACUCUUUCUAGCUGUGUGGCAGGUUUGGGAUCCCACUCAGAGGAUUGCUCAGUCAGUCAGCUUUAUUGUGACUCUUGUUGGAGUAACUUUAGUAGCAUGUUUUUUUAGGUUCACAGUUUUAUUCAACUCAAUGCCAAUCGCAGAAUGCUUCCUGUUCAUUCUUACUGUUCAUGCAUCCUGUACAGUAUAAGAACCAAUCAUACAUUCAGCAGAACAGGAGGAAUUGAUCUAUAAAGUUAAGUGAAUGCCAUUUGAAACUAAUGUAUUCUUUUUCCUAAAUAUAAUUUCCACACAUGGACAGAAACAAAUAUUAUAUCCAAAUGGAAUGUGGAAUGUGAGAUUAUUUUCUAUGAAACUGUUUUUAGGAAAUGCAUGAAAACUGAUUAUUUAAUCUCAGAUGUAAAUAUUGUAAAUGUUAACUCCUCGUGUGCCAAUGAAAGAUCUCGUAGCACUUCAAUGCAACCCGUUUACCGUAAUUUCCUGGGAACCCACAUCUGUUUGUGUGUAGAAGUAUGUGUGGAUGAAUGUCAGUAUAUGUUCACCUAAAACCAACCUGAGAUGCUCCUUUUACGUACAGAUUUUGUACAGUUUCCUAUUUUUGACUGCAGAAGUAGUAGUGGGUACUAGAUGUCUGUUUUGCUUUAUUGAUGUCGGACCGGAGAACAGCGUGGAGAUGGUAGACGUCAUAUUCACAGAUUACAAAUUAGAAUUGAAACAAUUCAUUGAUAAAUCGGUCAAACGAAAAUUAAUCUGCAACAUCAGAAAAUAUUUUGACAAUGGAUUAUUUUAAUUUAUUUAUCAAGCAAAAAUGCCAAGCAUUCCCUGAUUACAUCUUCAAUUGCAAGGAUUUCUUCAGUGUUAGACAAAAAAACAAGCAAUUUCAAUUUUUCACAUUGUUUAAAGAUUGUAACAGACAUUUCUAACUUUUCUGACAUUUCAUAGAAAAUUAUGAAUUAAGCAAGAACAUUGGCAGAUAAAUAAAUAAAACAAUAUGUAUAUGUAUGUCAAUAUGUAUAUUGACAGAUCUUCUGAACUUCUUCUGAACUUUAGAAGUCAUUUUAAACAGAAAAAGUAUUUUGUCCCCUAUUACUGAAAUUGCUUUUCACAGCCAGCAUGGAUAGGAGAAAUUACCGAGACCAAGGUACAUAUUGGCAUGAGUACCAUAUCAAGAUAGGUUCACCUAUCCUUUAAUGACACAAAACCAAUUAUCUAUAUUGCUUGACUAUCACUUCUACGCUGAUUUUUUCUUGUGUGGUUAAAAAAAAAACAUCUUCCAGAUCCCCUGUGUUCUUUUAAACAUGCACUGUUCUCUUGUCUCUUCAUGUUCUGUAUGAGCCCAGAAUGUUGAGUUUGUAAUGUGACCUGUACAAAGUGCCAUAAUAAAAGCUAGCUAAGUCAAA